GCACCAACGACUUGGAGGAAGUCCCCGGUGGGCGCUGCGAGGCGAGCCGGUCGGCCCCACACACUGCUUGCUCACUUUUUUUGCUCUUCGUGCAUCAGCUGGAGAAGCGAGCGGCGCAACACCGGCCGGGAGCGAGAGAGCGUCCAAAACUAUUCUUCUUGGCUCGGGGACAGCGCAAGAGACCUGAUGAUGAGGUGUUCCGCAGGGCUGGAGCGCUUUUUGUGCUGCUUCCUCGUUUUUGCAAGGCAGGCUGCAACGCAAUGGCCAGAAGACGGCGGCGUCACCCUCCUGCAGCUGAUCGGGGAUCCUCCUCCAAGUGACAUCGCACGAGUUUACGGGCCUGACUCCACUCCCGGCUACGUGUUUGGCCCCGAAGUCAACACGGGCCAGUUGGCUCGCGCCCACCUGCCCAGCCCGUUCUACCGGGACUUUUCCCUCAUCUUCAACUUGAAGCCUACGUCCGAUCGGGGCGGCGUGAUCUUCUCCGUCACGGACGCCACGCAGAAGAUCAUGUAUGUGGGCGUCAAACUGUCACCCGUGCAGGGCGGGAACCAGAACGUCAUCCUGUACUACACGGAGCCCGACUCUGAGCUGUCCUACGAGGCCGCCAGGUUCACCGUCCCUUCUCUGAGGGACACCUGGACCCGUUUUGCUCUCGCGGUGAAGGACGACAAGGUCAUGUUCUACCUCAACUGCAACAUAGAUCCUCAAGUCCAACGCAUCGAAAGGUCCCCUGAUGAGAUGGCGCUGGAAGCAGGCGCCGGGGUCUUUAUCGGGCAGGCCGGAGGCUCGGAUCCAAACAAGUUCCUGGGCGUGAUCAGCGAGCUGAGGGUGGUGGGAGACCCCCGUGCGGCCGAGAGGCAUUGCGAAGAAGACGAUGACGACGACGACGACGACGACGACAUGAGCUCGGGAGACGGAAGCGGUGAUGCGGAAGGCAGACGGUUGAAACCAUCCAUGGGAAAACACACCUGGACGCAGACGGCGCCGCCUGCGUUGAGGCCCAUUCAGCAACCGCCGGUCGCCAGGCAAGAGGAGACGUCGGCUGUGAGACACGCAGGAUCGGUUGGGGCCACAGGAGAGAAAGGCGAGCGAGGAGAAAAAGGGGAGCGUGGUGCAGUGGGGCCCAAAGGGGAUGCCGGAGACAGCAGAUCGCAGGGCGGAGUUUCAGGGGGGAAGGGAGAACCUGGAGAAAAGGGAGCAAAGGGCAACGCAGGUUUUGGCUACCAAGGAAAGAAGGGAGAACCCGGGCGCCCUGGCCUCCCGGGGCCUCCGGGACCGGCAGCAGACGUAACCGUGUGCAAAGAAGGCUCCGACGCUUCCUGCGUUCCUGGUGCUCGAGGACCACCGGGUGCCCCCGGUGCCCAGGGUCAACCGGGAGAAGACGGAGAACCAGGCGAUCCUGGUGAAGAUGGAAAAAAGGGUGCCGCCGGACCCCCGGGCUUCCCAGGAACCCCCGGCGAUCCUGGGCUGAAAGGAGAGAAGGGAGAGCGCGGCGAUGGUCAGCCUGGUCCCAGGGGCCCUCCAGGACCACCCGGCCCGGGAACCAGAUCUACUUAUGUGGACAUGGAAGGCUCGGGAUUCCCUGAUCUGGAAUCAGUUCGGGGACUGCCGGGCCCACCGGGACCACCCGGCCCACCCGGUGUUCCCGGUCUUGCCGCGGCAAACACGGCAUCGAGUUCGGGAGGAGUCGGACCGCCGGGACAAGAUGGCCAACCUGGCUUGCCUGGUUUACCGGGCGUUGAUGGCAAUCCUGGAUCGCCUGGUCCCAAAGGAGAAAAGGGUGACUCUGGUGUGCUCGGUCAUGCGGGACCAGUUGGACAGAAGGGAGCUCAAGGGGAUUCGGGUUUACCCGGACCAACAGGGGAGCCUGGGUUGGCCGGAUUACCCGGACCGAUGGGACCAGCCGGGCCACCUGGACCUGCCGGGCCACCCGGACCAAGAUACCGUGUUGGGUUUGACGACAUGGAGGGAUCCGGUGGCAUUUUCUCAAAUGGGCUCCCUGGUGCCCGAGGACCUGAAGGAAGACAGGGUCCACCUGGCCUGCCGGGACUUCCGGGUAAACCGGGCUUGCCGGGCCUGGUGGCUCAGAAGGGCAGCCAGGGUCCCGAAGGAAGAGACGGCCAACCGGGAUUGGACGGCUUCCCCGGAAUUCAGGGAGCGAAGGGUGACCGAGGCGACAGAGGAGAGCGGGGUGAACCGGGCCGUGAUGGAAAUGGAGUCCCCGGACCGCCGGGCCCACCAGGAUCGCCGGGACAGAUGGUCUACCGACCGUCGGACAAUUUUGACAGUGUGGUCGGCAGUGUUGGGCCUCAGGGAGGAGGUGGCGUGGUGGGUCGAGCCGGAUUUCCCGGUCCAAUGGGUCCAAAGGGUGACACGGGAGACCCGGGCCCUCCCGGUUACGGCUUUAAGGGCGAGAAAGGCGAGCCGGGUGUGGUCGUGGGCCCCGACGGGGGUCCGCUCUUUUCCACGGCUCUGAAAGGAGAUCGGGGCUCACCCGGACCUGUGGGACCACUUGGGCCGUACGGACCUCAAGGGAUUAAGGGUGAGAUCGGCAUGCCUGGGAGACCUGGUCGCCCUGGUGUCAACGGAUACAAGGGGGAGAAAGGAGAGCCGAGCUCUGGCUUUGGAUACCCGGGCGUUCCUGGUCCACCGGGACCGCCGGGACCGCCGGGACCUUCGAGCCCCCUGGAUCGCUUCCACUACGAUGGCACCUCCAGGAACUAUCCAGCCGUUAAAGGAGAAAAGGGCGAACGCGGCCUCCCUGGCGUCCCCGGAACAGUCUCCGAUUUUGAUAUUCACACGUUCAAGAAUGAGCUCAAGGGAGAACAUGGAGACCCGGGAGUGAAGGGAGAAAAGGGAGAGCCCGGUGGAUAUUAUGACCCUCGUUUUGGAGGACCUCAAGGGCCUCCUGGCAAGCCAGGCUUACCCGGUCCAAAGGGAGAUUCCAUAAGGGGUCCCCCCGGACCUCAAGGUCCACCCGGUCAAGCAGGGAUCGGUUACGAUGGGCGUCCAGGUCCUCCCGGACCACCUGGACCACCGGGACCGGCGACCUCUCCUUCGCUGCCUGGCGCCUUUUGGCCGAGUCAAACUGCCAAUGUACCGGGACCUCCCGGUCCUCCUGGCCCACCUGGAAGUCCUGGACACUCAUCUGGAAUUACAGUUCUCAGGUCCUACGACACCAUGCUGGCCACCGCCAGACGGCAGGCCGAGGGCAGCCUCGUCUACAUCCUGGACAAAGCCGACCUCUAUUUGAGAGUCCGCGGUGGAUUGCGCCAAGUCAUGCUUGGAGAUUACCAACCCUUCUUCAGAGAUUUGGAAAACGAGGUGGCGGAGCUUCAGCCUCCGCCCGUCAUCUCGUACCCGCAGUCGCACGGCCAAAGCAACGGAGCCGGCCACUACUCGCAGAGCGUUUCCGCCACGCGACCCGUAGAACCGCCCUCGCGCUCGCCGCCGGAGCCUCGCUACCCUCCGCGCUACGAUCCCCGAUUCCAAGACCAGCGGCACUCGGGGCAGACGGAUGGCGGUCGGGCGACGGCACAAGCUGAGGAUAGACGCCCCGUCACUCCCCAGCGACCCCUAGCGCACCCUUCGCUCCAUCUGGACAAAUCGGGACAGGGGCUCCAUCUGAUCGCCCUGAACGCCCCUCAAAGUGGGAACAUGCGAGGAAUUCGGGGAGCCGACUUCCUGUGUUUCCAGCAGGCCCGGGCCGUGGGCCUCAAGGGCACCUUCCGAGCCUUCCUGUCCUCCAAGCUCCAAGACCUUUACACCAUUGUCCGCAGGUCGGACCGGGACACCUUGCCCAUUGUCAACCUGAAGGAUCAAGUGCUGUUUGACAGUUGGGAAUCCAUCUUUGGCGACCAGGCCAGCCAAAUGAGAAACAACGUCCCCAUCUACUCCUUUGACGGCAGGGAUAUUCUCAGGGACAGCGCUUGGCCCCACAAAUUGGUGUGGCACGGCUCGAGCGACAGAGGCCAGAGGCAAACGGACCACUACUGCGAAACGUGGCGGGCGGGCGAGCAGGCGGUGACGGGGCUGGCGUCGCCCCUGAGCGGCGGCCGCCUUCUGCAGCGCCACUCGCGCAGUUGCUCCAACGCCCACAUUGUCCUGUGCAUCGAGAACGCCUCCACCUUACACUCCCAAGCGUGAGGACGUGAGCAGCUUUUGCCUUUGUUCUCCUUGUCGCCGUCGUUUUUCUUUCCAUUCCGUCGUAAGGUUGUUUUCAAGCAGCAGCUUUUCGGGCCUGGCAGAGGAGGGAGGCGUGCUUCUUUAACAAUCAGCGCCAAAGAGAUCUCCUCUUUUUGUCUCGGGGCCACAUUUUUUCUUCUAAGGUUUGGGAAAAAAGAAAAAGAAAAACCCAAACAGUAAAUACCUUGAGCAUUUUUGUGUGUGUUAAUUGCAAUGUCUUUUGCCUUUCCAAAUGUUAUCUCCAUCCUGUUAUGUAUUUUUUGGAUGUAUUGAUCAUUUCCACCCUUGUUUCCAUUUGACGUUUGAGUUGUGGGUUACUUUUUGGGUACAGCACAUACUGUUUUAAAUUGAAAGAAAAUAUUUAUUUUGAAAUGAAGUUUUAUAAGGACAAACAAAUGAAACUAGAGCUUGCCCAGAUGUUGUUCUUUUUUCUUUUUCUUUUCCUCCAUCACUGUGCCUUGUAACCAGACCAAGCCUGCUUUCCAUUUAAAAAGAGGCCACUUCCGUUGAAUCUAAAUGUUGAUGUUAACGACGUACUCUGCUGCUACGAUUGCUUUCCGGUGCAGCUUUUAUUUGACGCCGCCAGUAUUCAUUGGACAUUUUCCUUCAAUACAAUUUAAAUCAUUUUUUUGUAAGCGAGAGCAAGUGAUUGACUUUAAUCUGUGUUGGGAUUUUGUAUAAAGGUAAAAAAAAAAAAAAAAAAAGCAAUAUUCUGGUGAUAAGACAACUUUAGUGCAACUGAUGCUCGACUGAAUCUGUCGUUUUUAUUCUUCGUUUUCAUCUUAACGCAUCGAGCUGUACUCAUCUUCAAGGCACUGAAUAAAUGUCUUUUCAAACGCCA